AUUAAACACUUCAUUUUGAUAAAUAAUUGUUACUGUUGAAAAGUAAAUAUUAAUUUAAAACUAUAAAUUUCUAAAUACAAUAGGAGUGGGACAUGGUAUUCGGGUGGGGUAAGAUGAGACAUGUUUUUAUUCUAUUUAUUGUAGACAAAAAACAAUAUUUUAUAGGAAUUAUAUAACAUUAUCCCCACAGACUGUAAAUGAUUAUUGUUCAUUGUUUUAUGUAAGAUGGGAUUAAGAAGCUAAAGGUAUCCCAUCUUACCCCCACAGUACUAUAUAUGCAUAAGCUGUUAAAUGUAACUAGUGGGACCUCGUAUAAAGGUUUAUAAAUGUUGGAAAGCCUUGGAAAAUAGGAUCGUGUGAUAAAACAUUGCAAUUAACUUUAACGCGACAUCGCGAUUCACCAGGUUAAAUAACGAACAUAAUGUACAAUAACAUUAGUAAAUACUAAAAGUAAUUAGGUUUUUUAUUCUUUAUACGACCCGGAUAAAGACUAUUAAAAAUUAAUGACAAAAAAGUUUGAGACGAAAAAAAGACGAAUGUUGGAAUAAAAUGAUUUUGUUUUUCAGAUUAGCCAAAAAGAUAUUACUUUUAGAUCAUUAUGGUCGCAUAUCUAUCUAGUAUUUCUAUAUUACAAGCGAAAAACAACCGAAAAAAUACGAUCAAAUGUAAAAAAUGAACACUUCGUGCAAAGAAAUGCUUACUUAAGGCACUUCCCGUUUGUUUUAUUAUUUAAAAAAAUAAUAAUGAGUUUUGUGAUUAGCAAAGUUGUUGCGAUUUGACCUAGAUAAGGAAGGGUCAAUUUAUAGAAUGGUAGCUGUCUAUGUAUCUAGUCAAAAUGCUUUGUCUGUAUUUCCGCCUCACUCAAAUUCUAUUAUUACGUCAUGAAUCGCCUGUGUGACGCGCCAACACAUAUUAUUCUCUUUCAUUCUCCUCGUGCUCACAUUCCUCUCAGGCGAGACAACUUCGGAAACGAAAUAAAUAAAAACCUUAGAAUUUUCAAUAUUUUUCACAACAGGCAUAAGAUACGGCAACAGAAAAUUAAUUUAUCGAUAAAUUUCUAAAAUCUUGACAACUUUAUUUAUAGACGUUGUCGAACAUAGGAAACCAUGUCUUGCAAUUCAGAAUUACAAUACUUUAAAUAUAAUCAACCUCGUAGUUUUAUUCCUAAAAUAAAAUAUAGUAAGAUGGGGGGAAGAUGGGACAUCUUUUUUUAUUCUAUGUUAUCAUCCCAUUUGGUAGUUAACAAAGAUUAUUUACAGAAUUAUAUAAUCGUAGGUGGCCACAUGACACUAAAGAAGCGUGGUUAGUUGUUAGAAACCCGAAAUAUUGGACAAUAUGUGCUAAGUUUCUUACUCCACAAAACUAUAUAAUCAUACCAACUCGGUAAAGAUAUUAGAUAACGAGCUUUGUUGAAAGAUACGGCGAUAUUUAUACAUAAAUAUACCUUUUUACUUAACUGUAAAAACAAGCUACAUAUACUGCACUAACUCACUCAGGCAACUUAAUUACAACAUUAAGAAAUGGUGUUAUUGUAGUGUUUACUCUGCCUAUAUUAUGCGUCAGGAGAUUUCACACCAAACUAACCAGCCAACUACAAUCCGUUGUCGCCUCAAGCUUUCACUGUGUUCGCUCACGCGUGUCGCUUCAACAGUUGGGAGAAAAUGCUUGAUUUGAGAAAACUAAAGGAGUUAUUUCGUCCCCGCUGAUAGUAAUAUAGGACUUAUUACUAUUUUCCCAGCCAUAAGUAUCAGAUAACAUACUAUCAACAAUAUGUAUAUAAUUGCGAAAGAUGUUACGCUGUUUCUAUAAAAUAAAUACUUACUUGUUAAUUACAUUCCACAUUGCUUUUGAACCUUUAAGUUAAUGUAUGAAAAGCUUCACCAUACAACUUCAUGGAUUCUUUUGUUUGUGUCUUGUUCUAUUUAGUUGUUGGAUACAAUCGGUUAAUGAUUGUUAGACAUUUCAUGGAGUCGUAAUAUAGAAUUCGACAACCAGACCAAUCCAGUGUUUGAUCAAACUAACGAGCCAACCUAUAUUGAUACAGUUAGUAAUUUUAAAUAGGAACCAAAUAUAAAGUAGUUAAUUGAACUUAAUGUAGAACAGUUGUAAGUCGAACAUAACAGGAGUAGAAAGUUGACAAGACAGAACGAGGCUGCUUUAUCUUCACGGUGUGCUCAAGGCCAUUUCAUUCUCUCAUUCUGUGUGUUUGUUAGGUAGAUAGCAAGUUAACAGUAAUAUGCGCUUACUAUGCUUUAUGUUGUAAGUCGGAAAAUACGGUUUCAGGGAAUUUGUGUAAUUAGUAACAAUGAGACAUCAUUUUUUCCCAACUACUACAACUUACACCAACACUGAGGUUACAACCGAUGAAAUUAUUUCAACAAACAUAAGCGGACUUCGCAUUCCAUUCACAAUUAUUGGACUUCUGUUUUCCGUAGCAAGUCUCUAUGUUUUUCUUUCUAUUACUAUUCACCGCCUGAGGGCGAUAAAGCGCCAGAAGAAAGAAGAAAUCGCCCAGCGCCAACAAUCGGUGAGAUCACGGCGAAGCAAAGGUACUUCACCUUACAUGGAUAACCUGAGUGUCGUAGCUUCCAUGUUCGCCUUCAUGAACUGCGUGAGUGACCAACCUUUGCUUUAUAUCAAGUCUCCAACAAACGUUACUUGCAAAAUUAUUCAGAGUCUUUCUUUCGUGUUGUAUUCGGCUGGAAUAGUUUGCUUAUAUUCAUUCUUAUGGUUUCGACAACGAGCCUGCUACAAGAACCCAACAUUGUCUGAAAUGCAUGGCAAGUUCGCUCGUAUUCUAAGCUCUACCAUUCUACCUCUGUUUAUCAUCAUGAUGCUAGCAGGAAUGAUUUUAACCGGGGCAUUAUGGGAGUUUACUACAAGUGACAUUGGUUGUAUAGAAGUCGCCCAAACUCGAACUCCGUUGAUAGUUUUAUUUACUGGCGCUGUUGCAAUGCAAGGAACUUUACUCACGCUCUUCGUUUAUCCUUUAAAACGACAUGCAGGGUUUGCAACGUCUAACGUAUUGCCAUCCGAUAAGUUACUCAUGGCACUGGUGAAGCGAUCUAUUAUAACAACAGGUCUAUGUGUUCUUGCCGACGCCCUUGCAUUUAUAAUUGCCGUUGCUUUACCGACCAACACGCCGUUCAUAGUAACGAACCUUCUAUACGAUGCUAACUUAGUUUGCAACGUUGUGUGUGUGGUCGGUUCAUUCGCUGACUGGCGACAAAGGUUAGCACCAUGGCUGCGGAACAACGCUAAUCGUUGCGAGCUUAUUGGUUCGAUGUCGAGAUCGAGUCGUACAACUGCUCUAACUACAACGACUGUUGUCUAGAUUAACAUGAAUGAAUGUUUCUUGUCCUAACCUCGCGUGGUAACGAAAAUCGUUAGUGGCUACUGGGCUGGAGCAAUUGUCGUUAAAGUGUCUUGCUCAUUACGCCCCCAAUGGUAUACCAGAAAGAGCCUAAAGCCGACCUAUUUGUUGGGGGCGCGCCACUAAACCACAGCACAGGUCGUUCUCUCCUAGUGUAUGAUCCAAAUCAAGGUUGGCAACCAAUUUGUUGAAAUUUGUAUCAAACAUUAAAACCUGUGACCACUGUUGUUUUUCGCAAAGAUAUCUCUUCAACAUAUUUGUACUACCUAUACAACGCUAUAUAGUUAAAUACAUUAGAUGGCCUUCACCCCUUCAUGUGAUGAACUAUCACCACGACACGUUGCUGCGUCAGCCUUCUCUUUGCACGGAAAAUAUCAUAAAAAUCUGCAAACUGAUUUCCUUUUAUUUAAAUAUAGGUCUGAUUGAAAUGACACAUUAA